AUGUUCUUAACAAGAAGUGAAUAUGACCGUGGUGUCAGUACUUUCUCUCCAGAAGGUCGUUUAUUCCAAGUUGAAUACUCUUUAGAAGCCAUUAAAGUAUCUAUAGGUAUUGCCACUUCUGAAGGUGUUGUAUUGGGUGUUGAAAAAAGAGUCACUUCAUCAUUAUUAGAAUCUUCAUCAAUUGAAAAAAUUGUAGAAAUUGAUAAACAUAUAGGAUGUGCCAUGUCUGGUUUAACUGCAGAUGCAAGAAGUAUGAUUGAUCAUGCUAGAGUAAGUUCAUUAAAUCAUAAUUUAUAUUAUGAUGAAGAUAUUGGAGUGGAAUCUUUAACUCAAUCCGUUGCUGAUUUAGCUUUAAGAUUUGGUGAAGGUGCAUCUGGUGAAGAACGUUUAAUGUCAAGACCUUUUGGUGUUGCCCUUUUAAUCGCUGGUAUCGAUAAAGAAAAAGGUCCACAAUUAUAUCAUACUGAACCUUCAGGAACUUUCUAUAGAUAUGAAGCUAAAGCUAUUGGGUCAGGUUCUGAAGGUGCUCAAGCUGAAUUACAAAAUGAAUAUCAUAGUUCUUUAACUAAGGUUGAAGCUGAAUUAUUAACAUUAAAAAUUUUAAAACAAGUUAUGGAGGAAAAAUUAGAUGAAAAUAAUGUUCAAUUAAGUUCGGUUACUCAAGAUGAAGGUUUUAAAAUUUAUGAUAAUACAGUUACUGCUGAUAUUAUAAAAGUUUUAAAAGAACAAGAAGCUGAAGAACAACCAGAAGCUUAG